UUGCGUCCUAAACCGCUACGUCCCGAAGUGGAAGUGAGUCGGGAGGCUCAUUUUCACAUGUGGUGGCAGUGGUGGGAUCGUGGCGCCCCCUGGAGCAGUGAAGAGGAAGCCGACGAGACGGGCUCUGAUUCGACGAGCGAUGCCAGUCAGACGGCGCGCACUGGAUGACCUAGUCCAGCCGGGUGAGCAGGAAGAAGGAGCUGUGGGAGGUGAGCCAGAGGAGGAUGCUGGCACAGGAAGAGACCCCGGGUUGCUGGACCUAUCAUCUCUGUAUAGCCUCCUACAGAAGACCCUGCAGACCCAGGAGCGUGAGGCGUUCAAGCAAGAGCAGAGGUGGCAGAGUGUCCAAAUGCAGCUCAACAACGUUCAUGAUGAGCUGGGGCGGGACCGGAGAAGCGGUGAUGGGGCUGGAGCGGGCCCUGCAGCGCUAGCAGCACCACCAGCCAGGCUGCCUGCAGCGCCACCAGCCAGGCCGCCUGCAGCGCCACCCGCCGAGCCGCCUGCAGCACCAUCCGACGAGCCGCCGGCAGCUCCACUGCACCCAGCAGCACCGUCCCCAGUAUCCUGGACCAGGGCAGCCGUGCCCAAAUUGGCCGAAGGGGAUGAUGUGGAGCAGUACCUGACCACGUUCGAGAGGCUGGCUACAGCCUACAGAUGGCCUCCAGCUGACUGGGCUGUCUUCCUUGUGCCCUAUCUGACGGGCAGAGCGCGGUCCGCAUAUGUGGCCAUGGAUCCAUAUGAUGCGAUGGACUACUUCCAGGUCAAAGAAGCCAUCUUGGCGAAGUAUGCAAUAAAUGCCGAAGUCUACCGUCAAAGAUUCCGGGAUCCAAACAUGGAGAGAGGGGAGACCCCGAGAGAGUUCUACAACCGACUUAAGGAUUUAUUCCACAAAUGGAUUAAACCGGCUGGCAAGACAGUUGAAGAGAUCAAGGAGAUCCUCAUCUUGGAGCAGUUCAUGCGCUCAUUGUCCACAGAAGUGCGGGUGUGGGUCAAGGAGCACGACCCGCAAACAGGACACCGAGCCGCAGAGCUGGUCGACACUUUUCUGGCUGCCCGCCUGGGACCAAAGGACUUCCGCGUGCAAGGCUCCAGCAGACCUGUGGUGACGGGUAUGUCUGGGGGUUAUGGGAGUGGAGCUAGUCCUAGAAAUAGCGAGCAGAGUAGGGGCCCAAGCCACAGACAACAUCAGCCUCAACCGAACACACCACACUCCACAACACCUCGACCCACAGACACCGCUACAACCCGAACCCUCACCAACCGAGACAGUUUUGUGUGUUACACUUGUGGUAAGCCAGGUCACCUAGCCAGGGAUUGCCCAGGGAAGAGAGGUAAAUUUGCUGGUGUAUGUGUUGUGCCUGAGCUUGGGAAAGAAACUGUGUGUGCUGGUAGAGUGCAGAUAAUUGACAUUACGGUUAAUGGCAGACCAGUCAGGGCUCUUCUUGACACUGGCAGCACCCAGACCCUGGUGCGGCCCUUCCUGGUGGGUCAGCCAGACAUGCUGAAAGGUGGGCGAGUCAGGGUAUGCUGUGUCAAUGGUGAUGAGCAUGAGUAUCCCACAGCGGAUAUAUGUGUAAAAGUGCAUGACCAAACCUAUAGGCUUAAAGCUGGGAUAGUUAAAGGGUUGAGCCAUUCAGUGGUAUUAGGUCAGGAUGUCGCAAUCUUGCCUGAACUAGUACGGUCUACGCGGCCUGUUAGUAUGGUUGCUACGAGAGCUCAGACUAAGAGGGCGUUGGGUGAUGAGUCAGACCCCCAGACACUUUUAGAUGUCAUGCCUUUUAGACAAGAAGAGAUUAGUCCACCUGAGAUAGUCAGGGAGCCAAAGAGUCGCAGUCAACGCAGACGGGAGAAGCUGUUUGGCACAGUUGAAGCAAUGUCUAGGGUAGACGACCAAGCUAUUCCUAGCACGGGGGAGGAUAUAUGGGAUAUCCCGGGUGAUCUAAGAGAGCUACAGCAGCAGGAUGAGUCCCUUAAAGAGCUGUUUGGGAAGGCUACUGAGGUUGAGGGAGUAAGCACAGGCCUGGCAAAAGCACUUAGUGGGGAGUAUUACUUUGUGCGUGGGAGCUUGCUAUAUCAUCAACCUGAGGGUGAUAGUACUGAGCAGCUAGUGGUUCCCUGUGGCUUAAGGUCAAGGAUCCUGAGUUUAGGACAUGAUCUUCCGUGGUCUGGUCAUCUGGGUAAUGUGAAAACCUUGCAGAGGAUAGCCAGCAGAUUUUAUUGGCCAGGCUUGUAUACUGAUGUACAUAAACACUGUCGAACAUGCCCUACCUGUCAGCUCUUCAGCAAACACAAGGUUAGACCUUUUCCACUUCAGCCCCUCCCCAUCAUAGAGGUGCCAUUCACCAGGAUAGGUAUGGACAUUGUUGGACCCCUAGAGCGCACACAGACAGGCCACCAAUACAUAUUGGUAAUUUGUGAUUACGCUACCCGCUACCCUGAAGCCUUUCCCUUACGUAAGGUCACAGCCAGAACGAUUGCCCCUGCACUCCUACAGUUAUUCUCCAGAGUAGGGAUUCCCCAGGAGAUUUUAACUGAUCAGGGAACAGUUUUCCUCUCCAACACCCUUAAGCAGGUAUAUAGGCUGCUAGGUAUAAAGGGAAUUAGGACCACUCCCUACCACCCCCAGACCGAUGGCCUGGUUGAGCGGUACAACCAGACACUGAAGGGGAUGCUGAGGAAGUUUGUGGCUGCUAAUGGCAAGGACUGGGACCGGUGGCUUCCCUACCUGAUGUUUGCCUACCGGGAGGUUCCUCAAGCCUCUACAGGGUUCUCGCCUUUCGAACUCCUGUAUGGCAGGCAGGUCCGAGGGCCUCUUGAUCUCCUCAGAGAUGCCUGGGAGUCACCAAAGUCCACCACCACCGACAUUCUCACCUACGUCAUGGCCAUGCGGGAGAAGAUGGAGGAGAUGUCCAGCCUAGUCCGGGACAACCUUCAGGACGCCCAGGACACCCAGACCCGCUGGUAUGACAAGUCAGCAAGGCGGCGGACCUUCCAGCCCGGCCAGAGAGUUCUUCUGCUCCUGCCUACAGAGGAGAACAAGUUGCUGGCCAAAUGGCAGGGACCCUACUGCAUCAGCAGGAAGUUGGGGCCCACAACCUACGAGCUGGAAAUGACUGACAAGAGGAAACAGCGGCAGACGUUCCAUGUAAACCUGCUGAAAGAGUGGCACGAGAGGGAGCGGCCGCCCAUUCAGCAGCUGCUGGUGCAAGCCGUGAGGGAGGAGGAAGACACCCCGGAGCAGUUCUUCCCAACUGACCGUCCAGCUGGGGAGCUGGAUUUUACCCACCUCACCUCACAACAGCAGCGGGAGUUACGGGCCAUCAUCCCUGAUGGUCUGUUCAGUGAACAGCCCGGGAAAACUUCCCUGGCAGAACAUCCCAUCCGCCUGAAGGACUUCACUCCAGUCCGGCAGCGGAUGUACCGGGUCCCGGAGCGUCUGCUACCUGCUCUCCAGGAGGAGCUGCAGGUGAUGCAGAGUCUGGGUGUGAUUGAGCGGUCCAGUAGUGCCUGGAGUAGCCCUGUGGUCAUGGUGCCAAAGAAGGACGGCAGCAUGCGUUUUUGCAUCGACUUCCGCUGGGUCAAUGCUCAGUCGCACUUUGACGCCUACCCCAUGCCCAGACUGGAGGACCUCAUUGAGAGUGUGGGGAAGGCGCAUUUUAUCUCCACUCUGGAUCUUAGCAAAGGCUACUGGCAGGUGCCUCUGGCUAAGGAGGCCAAACCCUACUCAGCCUUCAGAACACCGCAUGGACUGUUCCAGUUUACGGUGAUGCCCUUUGGCCUGCAUGGGGCGCCAGCCACAUUCCAGCGGCUAAUGGACCGUGUGCUGGAGGGGACUGGUGCCUUCGCGGGGGCAUACCUGGACGACAUUGUUGUCUACAGCACCACCUGGGCAGAGCACCUGCAGCAUCUUGCUGAGGUGUUCCAGCGCAUCCAUCAGGCGGGGCUGACUGUCCAGCCCAAGAAGUGUGCCUUCGCUCAGCAGGAGGUGUGCUACCUGGGGCAUGUGGUCGGGUGUGGGGUGAUCCAGCCUCAGAGGGACAAGAUUGAGGCCGUCCGCAACUGUCCACAGCCCCAGACAAAAAAGGAUAUCCGGUCCUUCUUGGGGUUAGCUGGGUGGUACCGGCGCUUUGUGCCGGACUUUGCCACCAGAGCAGCGCCACUCACGGACCUGACUAGGAAGUCAGGGUCGGUGAAUGUUCCGUGGGAGGAGCGACAUCAGAAAGCCUUCAUGGACAUUAAGGAAGCGCUCUGCAGCGGUCCAGUGCUCCAGAGCCCGGACUUUGAAAAGCCAUGGACUGUACAGACUGAUGCCUCUGGAGUUGGGCUGGGGGCAGUCCUACUUCAGGGGGAGGGAGAACAGCAGCGGCCGGUGGCCUACAUCAGCCGUAAGCUGUUUCCCCGAGAGACACGGUACUCAGCCAUUGAGCUGGAGUGCCUUGCUGUGAAGUGGGCGUUGGACACUUUUCGUUACGACCUUUUGGGUCGGGACUUUGUGCUAGAAACAGACCAUAGAGCCUUGAAAUGGCUUGGUACAAUGAAGGACACUAAUGCGCGCAUAACUCGUUGGUUUUUGGCUUUGCAACCUUUUAAGUUUCAUGUACAGUAUAGGGCGGGUAAGCAAAACAUGGUGGCCGAUUUCUUGUCUCGCCACCCCAGUGUCGAGCCUCGUGAGGUGGAGGGAAAUGUGAAAAGGUAGCCCUCCUUUUCACGAACAUGAGCACCUGGGAUUUAAUCAUUGCCUGAUUGGGAUGCAGUAACAUGACUGGUUGUAAAGGGGGGGGGACGUUAUUUUUCUAUGUUUAAUUAUUGUGCUAUGUUGCAUUUUUGCAACAGUGAACUUUAUGAUCAAGAUGCAAACUGUUAAGAUAUGCAAUGAAGUGUCUGGUUGAUUAUGAUUUCGUUAUAAAAUAUAAAUGUAUUGUGGUACUUGGGUCGGUGAACCCCCAUGGCAGUUGGUAUCUACCAUUUUGUGUAAUUGGUUGGCUUUAUUUAAGCCCGGUAUUUUCUACGUUCAAGGUUGGUGGAGGAUAGAGAGACCGCUUGCUGUGAGGCUGGUUAAUGUUCAGGUUAAUGGAACUUUGCUUGUUUGUUUUGUUUAUCAAGUAUUUUGUUUGGCUUUGCCAUUUCACUUUUCAAGCGUGGAAAAUAAAUCACAGUUUUUCAACUAAUUUAUGC